AUGAAUCACGAUCCUAGAAAAAAUUCUUUGCAUAGUAUAAGACGGCAUGGAGGAGAAGUUUCACCCGUGAGGCUUGAUACUCGGCAGCAAUCACGUACGAGGUUUCUGCGUCCUGUGCGCAGGUGGUACGUUUGGCUGGGACUGCCUCUUCUGGGACUGGCCCUACUCUGUGUGCGGUGGUGUCCCUCCUAUAAAAUUGGAAACCUUUUGGAUGAUCAUCAGGACUUGAGGAUCAUUUCGUACGCGUACCGAGAAAGCUCGCCACAUGAACUUCGGAACCUGGAGUUCUUCCUUCGACAUGGAGUCUAUGCUGACCCGAAGAGUCUCUUUUUCAUCAUAGUAAACGGUGGGACUUGCACACCCUGUGAGUCCGCUGACGCCAAGCGGCCAAACGUGCACGUACUAAGAAGAGAAAACUACGGCUAUGAUUUUGGUGCACACGGACACCUACUGAACCAGCUUGAGAUUCAGGGACAGCUGCAACGUCUGAAGCGCCUCUACUGCAUCAACGCUUCUGUGCGGGGUCCGUUCCUGCCCAAAUUCUUUCGUGAUCGGCCAUGGACUGCUGCGUUUGACAGCCUCAUGCGAGGAAAUGUAGCAGCUGUUGGAGCCUCGCUCGUCUGUCUGCCAAAACAGGAUGCUGGUGGCCCAGGGGCGCGGCUUGAAGGUUUUGCUUUCGCGUUGAGCGCAGAGGGCAUGCUGGCCGCUCGACGAGCAGGUGUCUUCCGAUCGUACCCUAGCAAAAGGGACGCUAUACUAUACGGUGAAUUUGGCUUGACGCGAGCCCUUUUCCAAGCCGGUCUCUCUGUGGACACGCUCAUGACCAAAUACCAGCGAAUAUGGAACGCAUCCAAUGAGCUGGUAACCUGCAACCGUAACGUGUUCCCUAGUCGCCACGGAGCGGUCGAUGGCGUCGAUCUUCACCCCUAUGAGACACUAUUCAUGAAAACACAAUGGAUGAUGAGCUACCCGUACGUGCUACUGUACUCAGAGUGGAUGGAUCAUCCGGAUGCACCGGAGCUUCCAGAUAUUCAUAGGUACUACCACUUUCAGCAUGAUGAUCAGGUGCAUCCAAUUGAACCUCCACGAGUCGCCUCGCCCCUGAUCGGCGAUAAGAAGCUCGUUCUGGUGAUCUGGGAUACGCCCAAUUCGUCGGUUGAGUGGGAAAAUAUCGAGCACUUGCUUGCAAGUAUACGGCUCUCGGACAGCAUAGACUACCUGUUGGUUAUUCGCGAUGGCCAGGUCGCUGCACGCGUUCGAGAAAAACGUGUGGAUAGGCUUCCGAACGUGCGUAUCGUCUCCGAAAUCCGUAGUUCGUUGAACAGUCUUUGCAUGCAAGGCCUCACGAUUUUGCGCACGAACAGCCGAUAUUUAGCAUACAAUUUUUUUGUCUUCAUCACACAACAUGCGCGCGGACCUGUAGGUGUCUGGAGCAGCAACGACCAGUGGAUAGUUUCUUUGGAAGAACACCUUCGCACGAAACAAGUUGGGCUGCUGUUCUCAUUCAUUCAUCUUUCGGGUGAAAUGCUCCAGCCGGAUCCGAGUUUUUUCUGCAUGGACCAUCGCGGCCUGCAUCUUUUGCUUCGAGGUAGCGUUUGUGACCGCACCGACGUGGCAGGCACGCUACUUGGUAUGAAACGAGUGGCUUCUGAUGUAUUGGGUCGCUCGAUCGGGUUCAGUUCGUUGCAGCCCGGAACGCCUGUCCUGCAGAAUACGGCGAGCCUGAUGGAACCGAAUUUGAGACAGAUCUUCAGUCGUCCUUUAACCGAGCUAUCAUCAGAAGAACUUUCAGAUCUGAUCUUUGUUCCCGUUGCGACCAUCAACAAGCAGGAUUCGGAUUCUGAGCGGAUCAUUGCGGAACGACUUCGAGAGCUUCCCGGUCCCUUUUCGACGAAGCUGUCCACACAAGUCGCCACGAACACAACGUCCAUGAUUUCAUGA